CGGAUGUGGAAAUGUUGUUCUGCUGGAUCAAACUGAAAGUAGCAAAAUGUAAAAUAAUGAAAUAAAUUGAAAUGUUAGCUGUUUCUAAAAUAUUCAUUCUGUCUUCUUCCAACAUUUUGGUUGCCACACAUGACUAUAGGCCCGAUGUGAAAGAUGCCUGUAUUAAUAAUUUUAUUGAAAAGGUGAAGGGGUCAGCUUCCUUGCCUCCAAACUGUGUAAUCAAUGGAGUACAUUUUUACCACAUCAGAAGAAACAAGGUCUUCUUUGUGGCCUGUUCCAGGGCUGAGAUCUUCCCUCUAAUGGCUGUAGAAAUAUUAACCAGGUUCCACCAUGUAUGUAGGGAGCUGUGUGGCACAGUCAGUGACACAUCCCUCCAGGCUAACCUGCCUCUACUUUACGAGCUACUUCAGGAGUUCAUGAAUGAAGGCUAUGUACAACUGGACUCAUCAGAGAAGAUCCGUCCAUACAUUCAGUCGAGUCCGGUGAUCGUUGAUACAGAGAAAUCCCCGGUCAAGGACCUGUCAUCUAGAGUGUUUGGGAUCGAGUCAAAGACAAGCCCAGUUAACUCAGCCAGUCGACCAAUAUCCCAGCCAGCAGGCCAGUCUGGAAGACCUGGAUUCUAUGUGGAUGUCAUCGAGAAAAUGGUCACAACUGUGGCUGCAGAUGGUUCGGUGCCACACACGGAGGUGAAUGGCUCUGUGGUUGUACGGAACUUCCUGCCGGCCGCCCCACAGUUCAAGAUGUUUCUGAAUGAGGAUCUAGUCAUCGCUGACCAAGGCCAGAAAGGUUAUGGUAACCAGGUGCAGUUAGACCGAUGUUCGUUCCAUGCGUGUGUCCAGCAUGACGAUUUCCACAACAACAAAUACAUUGUCAUGUCACCACCUGUUGGAGAGUUUUCAGCCAUGACUUAUACUGCCAGUGGAGAAAUGUGUGUGAGACAGCCGUUCUCUCUCCGAAUGUUUGUCUCUGAGCCGGAAGGAGGUGGCAGGGAUGUGUGUGUGGUGUUAAGACUACAAAGCCUCUACCCGGACCACGUACGAGCAACCCGAGCAAAUGUGAAGGUCCCACUGCCCGCCAGCGUUGUCAGUGUGUCCACGAAGCUGUCCUCAGACAACCAGUCAUCACAGUUUGACCGGCAGGACGCCACACUGACUUGGACUCUGUCUGCUGUGCAGGGGCAGUCCGAACAUAUGGCAGAGUUCAGGUUGAACGUCCAAGGUUCUGGGCCAGUGAGUCGUCGGGACCUUGACCCUGUUGUGCUAGAGUUUGAAAUAUCGGGGUUCACCAGCACCGGGCUGGCCAUUACACACCUCAAGGCUCACAACAUUGACAAACAACAACAGCAGCAACAACAGCAGCAUUUUGUGAGACUGAUCACUGUUAGUGACUCCUUUGUGUUCAGAAGUUUUUGAAAAGGAGGUGUUUUCUAUAAAUUAUAAAUGAGUGCAUCUGCAGAAGCUGAAACACUGUGAUUUAAAUGUCAGUGACAUAAUAAAAAAUAUAAUGUGUUCAAAAUGUAAUAAAAAAAGGAAUUGUCUCUAACCAACAACACUUACAUUUAGCUGCAGCAACAGCAGCUACAGCUACAACAACAACACCAGCAUUUUGUAAGACUAGGUUGUGCUAAUCACAAUUGUAUGUGAAAGAGUGGUCUUCAUGCUCUAGGUUUAUUAAAUGUAUUAUACACUGUAGCUUAUCUUUUUCGCAAUUGGUCACAGGCAUUAUCCAUUAUAACAUGAUGUUGUUGUGUAUCCUAUCUUUUUAUUUUAUUUAUAAAGAGCUAAAAAUUGGUAAAAAAAUUAGGACAAUGCCCUAAAAUUGUCUAUUCGGCAUUGUGUUGUCUGCUAUACCACAAAAUAUUGUGCUGUACACGAGCCAUGAUCGUGCAUUUGUAAGAUUUCUCUAAUUUUUGCAAUGUAUAGAGUACACACAAAGGGCAACAUAUAGACUAUAUAAUAAAUAAAGUUGUACAUGA